ACAAGCGUCUUUCUCGUCCAAAUACACAGCCACCACCUUACCCCCUUCAAGUGUCUCUCCUUCUCCGUUUUCACCAGUCAAGCCUCCCGAUGUGCUGACGUACAGCACGUUACCAUCUUUCGAGGUCCUACCAAAAGUUUCUGCCGUUCCACCCGGAACGACCGUACUUCCCUCGCCUCCAAGUAUCACUUCUGGUUCCCCUGCUUUCCCUCCAUCCUCGGGCAACGCAAUACUGAUGAGAGUCUUUGCGUACGGCCUCACGAUGUACAACGUCUUCUCAUCCGGACUAAUCUCCAGAUCAUCCAUAAUAUACUGCUCGGUAGCCAAAAUUUCGUCUUCGCCAGUACGCAAUCCCGUGGUAGGAGAUAUCGGUGCUCGAACAACCCUUCCUGACCAUGAUUGCGUCCAAUAGAGGAAAGGUGCGCGGUACUUGAGGCCGUUCGCGCCGAGGCCGAGAGGCGCGGUUUCAUUGAAUGCAAGAUUCGGAGAUUCAAUAGCAGCGUCAUAUGUAGCGGUACCGUUCGCCUCGAGGGUUACACGCCCGAUAUUCCCGACAAAAGAAUCGGUGAAGAGAAUCGUAUCGUUGUUGACUGUCGCGAGACCGUUUGGAAGUCCAGUGUCAGGUCGACUUUCCAAAGAGCAGCACUUCCCCGCUCUGGUCCGCCAGCGCUCGUGUAGUUACUGGUCACGAUAACCCAUACAUCAUCUUGAAGCUCAGCAAUACCAGCAAUCGUGUUGUAGCCACUGUCUGUAAAGUUGUGGACUAGUGAUGCCGUGUUUGUCGUUGGGUGGAUGAGAUAAAGCUCCGCGGUCGAGCCCAGCGUACCUAUUGACAUAUCU